CUUUUCGUCCAUUGACAGCAACACAAACGUGAGGUUGUCUGUGGUAAAAUAAUAAUUUGCUUAUAUUUUAAGCAUCUUUUAGCAAUUUAGAUUAUAAAAUGGUGCAGAAAAAGCCCAAGAAGAAGGUGGGAAAGAAGGUAGCAGCCGCUCCUUUGGCAGUGAAAAAGGUCGAGCAGAAAAAAGAAGUGAAUCCCCUAUUCGAAAAGCGACCCAGGAACUUCGGAAUAGGCCAAGACAUCCAAAUCCCCCGGGAUCUAUCGAGGUUCGUGAAAUGGCCCAAAUACAUCCGCAUCCAAAGGCAGAAGGCCGUCUUGCAGAAGCGCCUGAAAGUCCCGCCGCCCAUCAACCAAUUCUCCCAGACCAUCGACAAACAAACAGCCACCCAAUUGUUCAAAGUAUUGGAGAAAUACCGGCCGGAAACCGCUCUCCAGAAAAGGAACCGAUUGAAGGCCAAAGCUGAAGCUAAAGUGGCCAAGAAGGAAGAGACCCCUUCGAAAAGACCCAAUACUUUAAGGGCUGGUACUAACACCGUCACCAAAUUGGUUGAACAGAAAAAGGCCCAAUUGGUGGUGAUCGCCCACGAUGUAGACCCUAUUGAGCUUGUACUAUUCCUCCCCGCGCUCUGCAGGAAAAUGGGAGUCCCUUACUGUAUAGUAAAGGGCAAAGCCAGGUUAGGGCUGCUCGUUAGGCGUAAAACUUGCGCGGCUGUCGCCCUUACGCAAGUCGAUUCAGGCGACAGGUCUAACUUCAACAAGCUUUUGGAGGUUAUCAAGACGAACUUCAACGAUCGCGCCGAUGAGAUCAGGAGGCACUGGGGAGGCGGUAUCCUCGGAUCGAAAUCCGCUGCCCGUAUUGCUAAAUUGGAAAGGGCCAAGGCCAGGGAACUCGCCCAGAAACAGGGUUAAUUCAAUGUUUCGUUUAUUUGUUAAUAAAUACAGGAUUAAAGAAUUAAUACGG